AUGGAAGAUGAGCCACAAGCCGCCGAGGACGAGAGAACAAUCGAACUGUCGACCAUCGCGGCCAUAUAUCCAGAACUCGUCGUCGAUGAGAAUGAUCCGUAUACUGCCACUCUUGAGCUUUCCGUGACUCCUGUUCAGCCGCUGCGCAUUCUCUUCAGACCCUCCAUAGAUACUACGCCACCCGCUCCUCCUACGCCACCCACUUCCUCAGACCAUGGGAAUGAUGGGACCGGCAAUAAGCCAGUCGUCCAGCAAACACUUCAGCUGGAUGACCACGAGUUAUCUCACCUGCCGCCACUUUCCCUGCGCAUCACUCUACCGAAGGACUAUCCUGCUUCCGAACCCCCAGUUGUAUCGGUGUCAAUUUCGCCACAAUGGUUAAGAGAACCUAUCGUGCAACGGCUACAGGAUGAUUGCGCUAGGCUUUGGGAAGAAAUCGGCAAGGAUCAAGUGCUUUACACCUACAUCGACCACGUCCAGCAAGAAGCUGAAAAGGCAUUUGGUCUGGCGGGAGAGACGGACGUGUCAAUGCCCAGCGACCUGAAGCUUGCUUUACUGGAUUUUGAUUUGAAGACGAAACGUGAACACUUUGAGAGAGGGACAUUUGAUUGCGGAAUCUGCUUAGAGCCGAAAAAGGGUGUUAUUUGUCACAAGAUGCUACAGUGCGGACACGUAUUUUGCGUGCCGUGCCUCCAAGACUACUACAACAACUGCAUAACGGAAGGAGACGUCGACAACGUCAAGUGUCUCGAUCCCUCGUGUGGCAAGGAUGAGCCCGCAAGGACUGGUCCCGAAGGCCGACCUCUGAAGAGACGGAAGCGGGAUCGUACACUCAAUCCCAGUGAACUGCUCCAGAUUCCUGUCGAACCGGAGCAGGUACAGCGGUAUGUCAAGCUGAAGCGAAAGAAGCGCCUAGAAUCGGAUAAGAACACUGUCUACUGCCCGAGGCAAUGGUGUCAAGGCGCUGCCCGGUCAAAGAAACACCCCAAACCCACUGAUCCCAUGGUCGAUUCCGAAGAUUCGGACGAGUCAGAAUCAGAAGAAGGCCAGACGAAAGACACCAUCGACCUUGAAACCCUGCCCAUGGCGGAGCGACUCGCCAUCUGCGAAGACUGCGACUUUGCGUUUUGCGUGGUCUGCAAGAAAAGCUGGCACGGCGAGAACGCGAGGUGCAGCCCACGACGGCAGCAAGAACUCAACGAGGAAGAACGUGCGACAGCCGAGUACUUCCAGAAGUUCUCGACCCCAUGCCCGACGUGCAAUGCUCCUGCUCAAAAGACCAUGGGAUGCAACCACAUGACGUGCUUCAAGUGCAAGACCCAUUUUUGCUACCUGUGCGCAGCGUACCUUAUGCCAGAAAAUCCCUACCGCCAUUACAACGACACGUCCAGUUCUUGCUACAUGAAACUGUGGGUGCUUGAGGAGGGCGAUGGGGAGGGUGUGGAUCGAGGUGCGUUCCACAAUGCCGACGUCGUUGCAGAGUGGGAGGCCGUCGCUGCAGCCGAAGAGUCCGACGACGAAGACGACCUUCCACCGGAGAACUUUGCCGCUUUCCGGGGGCAACGACCUUUUGCAGACGACGAGGAUACCGACGACGAAGAGCCGGCACCCGACCAGCGUCGCAAUCGGAACGUUAUUGAGAUUGUCAUGCCUGGCCAGAAUGCACAACGGAUAGCACUUCCGGAGCGCCUGCGUGAAGCACCGGUCCCUCCGCCAGUACCGAUACCACCAAGAGGAGGACGGCGACGACGAGGUGGUGGGCAACCAGCGAACCGGCAGCGUGCGAUGGCAAAUGAACCUGCUCGGAUCAACCACGAUCAGGGUCAUCAAGCUCGCGCGCGAGCCGGUCAACCCGCGGCUCGUGCACCACGCGAUGUCCGAGUGGAAGAAGGCUUGGAUGGACUGGGCCAAGGCAACCCGCACGCUCUCAUUCAGGACAACGACGCCGCCGAGCCUCCUGGAGAGCUUCCGCCCGCAGCGCCUGGCCAAGGCAAUCAGCAAGCUGGUCCUGUACGUGGGAUGGGGCUUGACCAGUUUCUCCAGCUUGCACGAGAGGAUCGGGAAGACGAAUGGGACUCGGACGAGCUGGACGAAGAUGACUUUGGAGCCAUUGAAUUCGAGCAUCGGCCCAGACCGGUGCAGAGGGAGCGGGUGAUGGGAUGGCGGUGA